AUUUUCACAAGGGCAGACAUUCAAUAUGCUUAUCAAAACUUCCUACCGUGAUCUCCCUACCGUCGCUGACGGUCGAGAUGGUACCAUGCGAGUGUUCAUCAUUGAGCCUUACGUACCGGAUUAUCCUCAGGCGAAAUUCCCAGGAUGUGUCGUCUGGUCUGAGAUUUACCAAGUCAGCGCUCCUGUUGAACGCAUGGCAGGAAACAUCGCCAGUGAAGGAUUCGUGGUCGCUCUUCCUUCCGUAUAUCACGAAUUCCAAACUUCCGAAGCUAUCCCCUAUGACGAUGAAGGUACCGACAGGGGAAACCGUUUCAAGAUCGAAAAGACCAUCGAGGCGUACAACGAAGAUGCAAAACUCACUGUGGAUCUGUUAGUAUCGUUGCCCAGCUGUAACGGACGUAUCGCUUCCACUGGAAUGUGUCUUGGAGGUCAUCUUUCUCUCAGAUGUGCAUUCGAUCCUAGAGUCUUAGCUGCGUUCUGUUUCUUUGCUACCGACGUACACUCUGCCACUCUUGGUAAAGGCAAGAAAGAUGAUACUCUCAUUCGUGUGAAAAGCGGUGAACUAUCCAAUGGGACGGAAAUCAUGAUGGUGUUCGGUAAACAAGACACCCAUGUAAGUCGUGAAGGAAGGACUUUGAUCCGUGAGACUAUGGAAGAUUCCGGUGUCAUCUUUUCUUUCAUCGAAGUUCAAGCUCAACACGCUUUCGUACGUGACGAAGCUUCCAAAGGUCGUUGGGACGCAGCCUUGACACGUUCAAUGUUCCGAAUGAUGAUGGAACUUUUCAACCGUACCGUCGGUCGUGAUCUCGGUCCUAGGGUCGCAUUAAACGAAGAACCAGAACAUGUCUGUUGAUGUGCAUCAUCUCAUCAAUUAGAAUCACAAACCAAAGAUGAGAAUGCAAUGUUUCAAAUUG